AUGGCGCAAGAAGGGGAGCCCAAUCCCGCUCCGGCGGGAACGCCAGCCUUCAACGGUGCCGUCUUCUUUCUCCUUUACUUCAACCGAGCCUUCGGAUCCCUACUUUCGUGGGGCAUACGCACCUACACUUGGCACCGCUACCGCAUUUACCUCGACAUCCAGGCGUUACAGGUCUCCCUUCUCGGCGGCCGCAUAUUCUUCACCGGCCUGCGGUAUCACGGCAAUAACGAAACCUUUCUCGUUCAACAUGGCUACGUCACUUGGAGGUACUGGUUGCGCCGUGUGCGCGAGGUGGACAUCAAAGCUUCGGCACAGCAGCAAGCUGAACAGGCAUCAUUUCUCACAAAUGGCCGUCACUCAAACCUUCCUUGCAGAGUAACCAUGUCUCUGGUUGGCUUGGAGUGGUUCAUCUACAAUCGAAGCCCGGCAUACGACAGCGUUUUGGCUGGACUCAAGGAACCGACCGCUGCCGAGAACGUGUCAUCGGCCUUCGAGUCUAAAGAAGAGACGGCCUCUCUCAGAAAUCGAGGGCAGAGGGAAUCCGAGAAGUCAGAUCGCUCACAAGAUGCCCCUGAAAAGGAAGCUCCUGGAGCUGCGCUUCUUUCCAGAAUAGGAAACACUCUAGGUCGCCGUGGCUCUUCCGCCAGCCAAAUUAGCACACCUUCUGAUGUGCCUGAAGGAAGCAAUGAGGCCACUCAGCCCGACUCCGACCUACCCCUCCUGCUGCAGCUAUUCCCUAUCUUCGUUACUUGCCAAAAAGCGGCGGUGGUCUUGGGAAACGACAACACGAAGGCCAUCUUGAUUGUCAAAGCCGAUGGACUGUCAGGCGAAAUUGAUGCCUCAAAAACGUCAACGCCGGACCCGUACAAACAGAUCUUCAAGAUCAAAUUCCAGCAUCCCAUUGUAGAGAUGAGAGAAAAUGACGACUUCAAAGAGGACCAGGCCACUAGGGCAAGUCGUGAAAAACUAGUAGCCCAGGAACCUAGCCCGACUUACAAGACAUCGUUUUUCAAGAGACAACGCCGCCGUGCACUGGGCACUUUGAGGAAUCUGGUACCGUAUUGGCGCAAAUCGGUCGAGUCCUUCUCGUUGGGUUCAAGGAGCCCUCUUACGACAGCCGUAUCGCAGAUACCUGGGUCCAGUCAUUGGCAAGGUUUGGCACGAUAUCUUGACGAGGACGAACAGGAUGCCAGAUUGCGUUGGGCUGGCGUAGAAUACGCCGCCGAGUCGACCAUCGUAGACAGUCCUGAGGCAACGUUGACAAUCUACUGGGACGUUGUCGGAAAGGUCACAGCAGAAGCCGCGAGACGACAGUCUAAAGAGACGAGCGCAGCAACGUACAUCAAUGGCGAUGAAGCCCCUGCUUGGGGAAUGAUCCUCGCCAUCAAGGGUGGAAUUGUAAACUACGGGCCAUGGGCUGACCGCCAGAGGGCCGAUCUUCAGCGUGUUUUUGUGCCCAGUCUAUCCAAGGACGCAAUUCCUGCGGUCCCUCUUGCAGAGGGUGCGUACCGUGUUCCCACCCAGUUCAAGUUGUACGUCGAAUUGGACGAAGAGAUGACACUACGCAUACCAAUACGAGAGGAUUCCAAGAACUGGAGAUGGAAAGGAAAGGAGCCUCCCAUGAAAACGACACCCCCGCAGCAGCAACGGCGGAAACAACGAAAUCGGGCCAAGAAAGACAUGAAGCCUGAUGCUGCCCCUCUGCGUCCCGGCGGUUGGCUUGAUUUCAUCGUCCCUGGCAAUUCGACAAUCUCGUUCACAAUGGACAUGCUGGCCAGCGCAACCGGGUAUCAGAUGAAGUUAGACGUUGAUCUACCUAGUACUGAGCUUGCAAGUAGCGUUAAUCAUGAGCUCCUGUGGCGCUCAGGGGCUCAGCGCAUAUCCUGCGAUUUAUCUACGCCCCUGAAGUGGAACUCAUUGAGAUCCUGGUACUUCAACAUCGUCGCAGACGAGUUGGAAUUGUUCAUCCUCAGGGACCAUGUCUUCCUUCUGAUUGACUUGGUCGACGACUGGGCCACAGGUCCGCCAGCCGAGUACCUGGUGUUUACUCCCUUCAGAUACUAUCUCAACUUGGACCUCCGCAACGUCAAGUUGUAUCUGAACAUCAACGACGGCAACAUCAUCAACAACCCCACUGACUUGGACGAUAAUGCGUAUGUCAUAGCCCAGAGCCCGUCCCUGGUAACGAAUGUUUGCAUUCCUAUCGACAAAUUUCGGCCCAGCGUCAACGCAGUCUCUUUUGCUCUCGGUGCGGAGGCUUUCAAAUUGUCUUUGCAUGUGCCACCGUGGAACACACAAGCCGCGUUCAUCACAUCGAAAGAGAUUGGCCACGGUGAGAAUUUCGAGCUUGACGGAAAGUAUCAUUACAACGCCACGACGUCGCCAGCCAAUAUUGAUACACUGACCCUGAACAUGGGUGUUCAAUCGCCCACCAUAACCCUGUAUGGCUUUCUCAUACGAUACUUUCUGGUGCUGAAGGACAAUUACCUCGGAGACUACAUUCACUUCAAAACUCUGGAAGAGUAUCAGGAACUUUUAAGAGCGAAAGAGCUUAAUCCCGACGCGGAGUUGGCAACACGACCGCCGCCAAAGAAAUCAAACGAUUUAGACGUCAUUCUGUGUGUCAAGGUUGAUGACCCUCGCAUACUUCUGCCUGCGAAUCUGUACUCCAGCCAGCGCCACGUUCAAAUCGAGACUGCUGGCCUGUCGUUAGAUCUCCGUUUCACGAACUACUACAUGGAUCUGCAGGUCAACCUCAAUCCUCUGAACCUGUCUCUCGGAAACACAGAAUCAGGCAUGGAGACGCCAAUAAGUGCAGUAUCAAGCACGCAAAUCUUCGUCGACGGCGUCACGAUUUAUGGCCAUCGUUUGUUUGGACUCCCUCCCACAGAACCGACAUACCUGUGUAAUUGGGAUAUUUCUGUUGGGACAGUCUCAGGCGAAUGUUCGACCGACUUUCUGACCGCAUUGAUCAGUGGAGGCAAGGCCUUUGCGUUCGAGUUCGACGACGACGAGAAUGCCUUAAUACCGCUUUCAUCAAUUAUUGUGUACGAUGUCACUUUCUUGAGGGUAGCUGUGCAAGCCAUUCGCGUCUGGUGUCAUGUGGAAGACGCAGCAUUUCUUUUCUCCACCGGCACGCUAGACGUCAAGUUCAAUGAUUGGGCUCGAACGCAUUACUCCAGACGUGCAGACAUCAAGAUCCCCGAUAUUCAGGUUUCGUGUGUUAACUCCGAGUCUGCCAUGCGACACAAGUGGAAAGCUCAGCACGGCGUUGAGACUGAUGCCUUUUUCCAAGCCUCUAUCCGAGUGGCCAUAAUCGGAAGAAAGUUCCAUUUUUCUGAACAGCGCAAGUUGCAACAGGAACUCAUUCGCCGUGAAGAUCAGCGGACAGGCCGUACCGAAUUCCUGCUGCUGCCCAGCAUCUUGGAGGAGAUGCUCCCUGAUCAACUAGAUCCUCCUGCCCAGGGAUUCCCGCCAGUCCCCCAUCCAACGGUCUUGGACGGCGCUAUCGGAGAUCAAAGAUCUUUUGAUAGCCGGUCAACUUUCAGCCGCAGCCGGCGUCUUCGCCACAAGAGUUCCUUCCUGUCCACCGCCACUACUAGUUCCAGCAACAGCAGCGUGGUGAGGCCAAGAAGCUCAGUCAGGUCACGGGCGAAGUCCAGGCAAUCUGAUCUUCUCUAUCCUGACAGCCCUGAAGUGGGAAAGCGAUAUCCCCAACACCAACGUGAUAUCUCAGCCUCGACUGGUCGCCACUCCGCAUUCUACAGUGCUGUCGGGGAUUUGCAACGAGAUACGAACUACCACUCGUCUGUGGCUUUCUCCAGCCAAUUUUACACUCCACCAUUCCCUCUCGAGAGCAUCCGGCCAGAUACAUCGGAAGCUGUCAUGCAAAGCAUCGAGAUGGACGAAAAGCAGUCAGCGUUCGGCUUCUCGGAAUUUGACCUGGAUGACAUCGACCCGGACUCCUUGGCAGAAGACCGUGCUCAAAACAGCAUCAUAAUCGAAAUACCCUCCGGGGUGACCGCAUUUCUUAACCCUGCUGCUGUACGGCAUGCCUGUUUGCUCAUUGCGGCACUGCAGCCAAGUGAGCCGGAAAGCAUUCUCGACAGCCUACAGAUCGCUUCAAUGACCGACAUCUUCGACCAUCAAAAGAAGAAGAAGGUUGCGGGUGAGAUCACGGACGUUAUGCUCAGGAUCCCCAAAGCCAGCAUCCGGUUUCUAAACUCUUCGUCUAUGGAUCAUCUCAAUCCCGGAGGCGAGGAACAAGACCAGUAUGAUGUGUCGUUGUCAAAACUCUCAUUAUGUCUCCGAUCAAGUGAGGCUUGGGAAGACCCAGAAGAGCCGGUGAAGAGCAGCAAAAGGACAUCGGUUCUGCUUAAGCUCGGAUCUGCCGAGGUGUCUGCUUCGGAGCGAUUGUCCGGGGCGGAAGAAAACCAAGCAGCCUUUAUGGCCCAAAUCGAGCGGGUAAUGCUGUCACUGGGCUCAAAGGACGUCACCUACAUUGACGCAGAUAUUGGUGGCAUCAAAAGCAGCACUGCAUCGGAGAAGAUCGAGUAUCUGGCUUCGCUAAUACAUCGGACUGGCAGCGUUGCUUCAGAGCUAGGAGAGGUGCUAAGCCAGACCAUGUCUCUACAUGAGGAUCGGAUCAAGCACUUCGUCUACAAGCUCAUGACAGAUGGCCAUCCAGUUGGCGAUCCAUCCUUUCUGACGCGCCCUUCAGCGGUCUUACGAUCGGCAUCAGAACAUCUCCGGACUUAUGAUUCAUGGAAGAUGGCCGCCCGGCUGCGUCAGAUAUGGACCAGAAUGCCAGCCAGCUUUAGGGACGAUCUGCAAAUCAAUUGUUUGUCUGGCUCGGUGACUCCGCUACCCGAUGCCUCUCAACGAGUGAUCGAUGCUUUCCAACGAUGGCGCAGCUGGGAUCUAUAUGACGUAGCAGGUUCCGAGCUGAUCAAAAACGUAUACGGUCAGAUGAACGCUACUGGCAACUCUGCAACGCCUGACUUACCCACUCUGGCUGCUCUUCGGUUGAGGGACAUACAACUGCUUUUGGAUCCCGGGCCGAAGGAAAACCGGAUCGUUUUCGCUGAUUUGACAACGAGGUUGGAGAGGAAGAUUGUCGUUUCUCCUGAACAGUCGGAGAGCCCUAAAAACAUGACCGUUCUGAACGUUUACUGCGGCGAAGCGGCCGUUAUGCUAAAUUGGGAGCUCUGCGAGUUAGCUGAAGACGUUCUCCGCCUAUACAACAAAUCGAGCCGGGCAGCAAAGCCACGAAAAGAGCCACGACAGAGCACGCCUUCGGAGAACAAGAUGAAGUCCCAGGACGCCUUCCAUGUUGUUCUCGCUGUGGGACGUGGGUCUGUCGAAAUCGACACCAUCAACCUAAGCGCUACAUCCCUAGGCCACAAUCUGAAAGCAUCUUGCUUGAUCGAUGGGUACGAAAAGACCGGCUCAUCCAUCAACUUCAUUUUGAGCUGUGAUGCAGUUACGUCAAGAUUGCACCAUCGAUCCGAGCUCUUGGGGAUGUUCCAAUUGAGAGACCCGAGCGUGUUUAUUUCUCACGAGCUGUUAGAGACCGACACUACGUCGUGUCACACAAUCAAAUCCACGGCCAGCAGUCGCAAUUUGACUCUGGCUGUGAAGCAAGAUCCUCUCUUUCUCGUGGAAGUGGUCGAUUAUCUGGUCAAGGACGAGUUUACCCAAAUUCAUAAGCUUCAAAAGCAGCUGCCAGAGUCACCGGCGCCUCGGCGCGAUAGCAUCAAGAUAGCCGAACGACUCUCUUCUUUCCGGGUUAACGUUGCGAUGUUCCUAGACGAAUACCUCAUAAGCGUACCACUCCUCCAGUCCAUGACAUACAACAUCUCUGGCGUUGUGGCACGAGCAGCAGUGGCUGCCAAUUUUGGAAAGGAGCUUAUCUUCGACUUCGACGUGAAGGAGAACUCGCACGAGAUCCGAAUGGACGUAAAAAAUCAGCCUCGCAGCAUUUCACUUCUACGCAUUCCACCCACGAAUGGCCGGAUUGUUAGCCAUAUGGGCCAGGAAGAGCAUUCAGUGUCGGUAUUCGGCUCUGUGGAGCUAAUGCAACUCGAUGCUUCAGCGGUUUACAGCUUGCUGCGGGCAUUAAACAGACCGCAGAUUUCCAGUGCCGUCACUGAAUUGCAAGAGAGCACCAAGGCCAUCCAAGAGCAUAUCAGCGAAAUUUUCGAUGAGACGCCGCCUGCCGCGCCCAAGGAGACUUCUCCGCAACCGUCGACUUCAAAUCUUGUCUACACAAUUCAUCUCACCUUGGCUGGCAUCGAAAUGUUUGGAAAGACACCGCUAGUCUCAGAAAACGACCCAACCGCAUGCUUGUCCUUUGCCUUGGAUCGAGUGCAUUUGGAAGUUUCGAAUCGGCACGAGUCCCACGGGCCAAUCUUGGCGCAACCCGAGCUACAUGUCAACCUGCGGCAGAUCUUGAUUGACGUACAGAAGGGCAAAGACAACGCGAUGAGAUCUUGCGGCAGCCUUGCGCUGGGAGCUCUGAUUUCAGCAAACACACGUUCCACAGAGGACGGCAGAGAAGAGCGAUCCUUCAACUUCAGGAGCGACGGGCUUGAAAUCAAUCUAUCACCCGAGACUGUAUCAACGGUGGUUGCUGCGCUAGGUUACAUGGGUGACAAAAUCAAAGAUCUCGAUACCUCUCGAGAGCUUGAGUAUCUACGCAAAAUUAGGCAAACCAGACCACGCAUUGCGAUCAACGAUCAAGAGGAGAUGGAGGAACCGGACAUUAUUGACUCCUUUCUCUCGUCUAUUGUUUACCGAUUCGAAGUGCGCGACACUCAAGUUUGCUGGCUCGUUGGAGAUCCUUCGGACGACUUAAUGCCACUUGCAGGGAGCAAGGAAGACCUCAUCCUAUCAGUUCAAUUGGUCAGCUUUGGAACACGCCAGACAAAGUCAGCUAGACUCACCAUCGAGAACUUCCAGCUUCAAAUGGUUCCUCCGGGUCAAGACAGGAGCCUCAGGUCUCUUCACUCGGCUUUGCUCCCGGAGGUCGUCUUCAACAUCGCAUAUGUCUCCAACCCCAACACGCGCCGCUUAGCGUUCCAGGCAGUUGGCAAGUCGCUUGAUCUUCGUCUAACCUCGGGCUUCAUAAUUCCUGCGGCCAUAUUGAAUGACUCCAUCGGACUCUCGAUCAAGAAUGUGCAGCGUGCAUCACAAAACUGGACCACAGGAACAGCUCCUCUCAAAGUCGACAAGAUAGAGAAGGUCGAAGAGCCGGCUCCCCCGAGACGCAGUGUCCUCGGCACCAAACGUCUAGAAUCUCUUUUGGUAGACGCUGACUUCUCGGGUGCUGUGGUUUACGUGUCUGGCAAGAAACCGACGGAUGGGCUUCGUGGAAGUUCAAGAACUGGCAGGCCAUCCUUGGCCGGAAAAUAUGGCCAGUUCAGCACUGAUGAUUCCGGCAGCAGCACUGUGCUCAGGACUCCAGGUUUGGCCUGGAAAUUCGAGUAUCGCGACAACGGCCGCGAAGAUCCUUCCCUGUACGGCGAAAUCAAGAUCGACGCAUCGAGCAAUAUCUUGUAUCCCUCCGUUGUGCCAUUAAUCAUGGAUAUGACAACGAGCGUUAAAGAGGUUGUUAGCAAGGACACAGAUGCUCCGGCGGUUCAGACUCCGGCAGCAUCCAAGUCCAAACCUGGCAAUGAGGAUAACAUUCUUACUGCCGACCCGAACGCCGUCAUUGGUCGUCUCAAAUUGAACCUCGGUCUUCGGAUAUGUCGUCAAGAGUUUUCACUCAGUUGUCAGCCCAUCGCCCGCGUUGCUGCCACAACCUGUUUUGACGACAUCUACUUCACCGUCAACACCGUGCGGUCCGUGGAACAAGGCAACUUCUUCUCCAUAUCAGGCGCGUUCUCCAAACUCCAAGCGUCCGUUCAGCAUGUAUAUUCUCGAGAGUCGACGGGGAGCUUUGACGUUGACUCGAUUGUGCUAUCGUUGAUGAACAGCAAACACGUCAGCGGAACCAGUGGCGUGUCAGCUAUUCUCAAAGUCAGCCCUAUGAAUGUUUCAAUCAACGCCAAACAGCUUCAAGACUUCUUGCUUUUCCGCGAGAUCUGGUAUCCUAACGAACUUCGAAACACGACCACGGCCCCAGUGGCAAAGCUUAACACAGAAACGUCGCAAGGCCACUUGGUUCAAAGAUACCAGCAGGUGGCUGCAACUGCGGCGUUCCCUUGGACAGCAACAGUAUCGAUUGCCUCUUUGAACGUCAGCGUCGAUAUGGGUCAAGCCAUUGGCAAAUCCAUUUUCGCCAUCAAAGAAUUCUGGGUUUCAUCGAAGAAGACAUCUGACUGGGAGCAAAAUCUCUGCCUUGGUUUCAAGAGAAUUGGCAUUGACUGCACCGGCAGAUUGAGUGGAUUUAUUGCCCUCCAAAAAUUUCAGCUUCGGACGUCAAUCCAAUGGCCUGAGAGAGAGCAAGCGCUCAACGAAACACCUCUUGUUCAAGCAUCGCUUGGCUUCAGCCAAUUUCGAGUGAAGGCAGCGUUCGACUACCAAGCGUUCCUCGUAGCCGACAUCACAUCUCUGCAGCUUCUCAUGUACAACGUUCGUCGCAGUCUCGAAGGCAGCGGAGACCGGUUGGUGGCCAUCUUUGACGGAGACGCGGUACAGGUUUUUGGCACCACGACAUCUGCAGCGCAAGGUGUUGCUCUUUACCAAGCAGUGCAGAAGCUGAUACAAGAACGAAAGGCCAACUUUGAAAUGUCCUUGCAAGAAAUCGAGAAGUUCAUGCGAAGAAGGUCUUAUGGGAACACUGCGGCAUCUCCUCAUCUGACAAGCUUGCCGAAGUUCCGAGAGGAAGACACGUUGUCAAAGUCACCUAUCUCCCUCGACACCGAUGUUGUGGUGACGCUCAAGGCCCUGAAUCUUGGUGUAUUUCCGAGCACGUUCUCGGAUCACCAAGUGUUCAAGAUGGAAGCUCUGGAUGCGGAAGCAAGAUUUGCUGCAAGCAUUGAACAGCGGCGCGUCCACAGCAUCCUGGGGCUCACGCUCGGUCAAUUGCGUAUUGGACUCGCCGGCGUCCGAAAUAUUGAGGCGCCGAAGACGCUUAGUGAAAUUUCUGUGGAGGACGUGGUUGAGAGAGCCACAGGGUCCCGAGGUGGAACCAUUUUGAAGGUGCCCAAGGUGGGUGCAGUCAUGCAGACAUGGCAAACACCGAAUCAAAAUCGCAUCGAUUACAUUUUCAAGAGCGCAUUCGAGGGCAAAGUCGAGGUGGGAUGGAACUACUCGCGCAUCAGCUACAUCAGGGGGAUGUGGGCCAAUCACGCAAAGUCGCUAGAGCAGACUUGGGGCAAAGAGCUCCCACUCACGGCCAUCAAGGUGACGGGCGUGCCAGAUACAGAGGAGCAGCAGGUGGGAGGCUCAUCGCAGCAAAAGAUCACGGCCGAGGUGAACGUGCCGCAGUCGAAGUACGACUAUGUGGCACUGGAACCGCCCAUUAUCGAGACACCCCAGUUGAGGGAUAUGGGAGAGGCAACGCCGCCGCUAGAAUGGAUUGGCCUUCACCGAGACCGGCUGCCCAACCUGACGCAUCAGAUCGUCAUCGUAGCUCUACUUGAGUUGGCCGGCGAGGUGGAAGAUGCGUACUCGAAAAUCUUGGGAUCAUAA